UAACCUUAUGUCCAGUGUAAGUCGGUCCAAGGUCUUGAAAAGACGUACUAAAGCUCUUAAAUUUAUAUAAAGACGAUACCUAUUUAAAUUACCGUUAUUAUUAUUAAUAUUAAUUAUGUCUCGAGAAAGGAACAUAGUGUUCUUAGCGAUAUUUUUUGAGUUCUUAUGUGUGUGUGGUCAGUACAUUCAAUCUCCAUGCCCGAAUAUUUUUGAAUAUAAGUCAGAUAAUUCGGGACCUUAUGGUGAAAUAAAUUUGCCUUCUAUUGGACAAGUGACGUCGGUAACGGUAAAAGUUAAUUUGACAAUUGCCGCGAGAUUACCUAGUAAUUAUGUAGGCAACAUUCAACAUAAUGGCGGAGAACUAAACCUCCUUCAAGACUAUAAUAGCGGGGUUCCUUUGCAAUAUCGUGUGAAUUUUCCUGUCAGCUCGCCUUUACCGAGACUCACAUCAAUAUCAGCUAACGAUGUCCCGCUAUGCUUUGCAUCUGGAGAUGUCCCAGGUCCCGGUCAAUACGUGACUACAGUUACUCUGCAGCAUUCAUUAUUUCUCCGAAACAACUUCAAUGGAAUUGGUUCACCUCAACCCAGUUUUAAGCCAGGUGGACCACAAAACGUACAGUUCUCACGCCCUCCCUACCGUCAACCUAAUUAUGAAGUGUAUCAAGUUUUAGAACCGGCAAAGCCAGCGCAAGUGCCACCUCAAGUGUAUCCCCAAGAUGUUUACCCUCAAAGAGUCCCCGAACGUCGUCCACAAAACGUACAGUUCACACGCCCUCCCUACCGUCAACCUGAUUAUGAAGUGUAUCAAGUUUUAGAACCGGCAAAGCCAGCGCAAGUGCCACCUCAAGUGUAUCCCCAAGAUGUUUACCCUCAAAGAGUCCCCGAACGUCGUCCACAAACCACGAAGCCACCAAGACCCCCGCCAGCAUAUUCCGAGCCAGAAGUUUAUAAUGACUAUCUCAACCAAAAUCAGUAUUCAAACGAAGAUGUUAGGCCGAUACAGCCCGUUACGCCUCCUAGACGUACACAAAAGCCUACAACUAGACCACCGCCAGCUCCUGAACCGUUAAAUAGAGACGAAACCGAAUCCAAACAAUGUGGCGUGUCGUCAAUUAACACUGUGCCCCUGAUAUUCCAAGGCAGCAGUUAUCAGCGGGGAGAGUGGCCUUGGCUUGUUGCCAUCUACAAGAAGAGAGCGAGCAGCAUUUCUUACAUAUGUUCAGGGACAUUGGUUUCGGAUCAACAUGUGGUAACAGCGGCACAUUGUAUGCAUGGGCAGUCCAGAAAGACAGACAUAAUCGUUAAAGUUGGCGUGUUUAACUUGGAAGACGAUUGGGGAGACGAUACCACAGUUACCAGGAAGCUGAGUGACGCCGCCAUACACGAGGGAUACAAUAAGACAACUCUUGCUAAUGACCUCCUGGUAAUGACAUUAGAGCGAGCUGUGACUUUUAACACUAACAUAAAACCAGCGUGUCUUUGGAGUGGAAAUACGGAUCUCAACAGAAUAGUUGGCACCACAGGUGUGGUGGCUGGUUGGGGAGCGAAUGAACAAGGCGCUGGCGGUACUGGCGAGCCUCUUAUGGUCCGUAUUCCAGUUGUCAGCACAAAGGAGUGUCGAGCUAGUAAACCAGAAUUCCACAGAUUGACAUCACAGAAAACUCUAUGUGCAGGUGAUAAGAAAGGAUCCGGGCCUUGUUUAGGAGAUUCUGGUGGUGGACUUUAUAUCUUGGACAAUGGUCGCUGGAAGUUACGUGGUGUUGUAUCGCUAGCCCUCCUUUCACAGAAUGGAGAUGCGACUUGUGAUCUUAAUGAAUAUGUAGUGUUUACUGAUGCUGCUCAAUAUCUUCCAUGGAUUAAAGAUAAAAUGUCUAAAUUAAGUAGUAAUUAACUUAUUAUUAAGUUAUUUUUAGAUAGGCUUGCCAUUUUAUUAUAUAUAUUUAUAAUAUUAAUAAACGA